GAACUGUCUUUAUACCUCAGAGAUCUGAACACCAAGUUCCAGGACAUCAUCAUCUACACUACAGAAAAACCCUAAUUUCAACCCAAUUUAUCCUGGUUCGUAAUUUCCCCCCCCCCCAGACAAGCCUAUAGUUGUUUCCAGCUAUCGUAGAUAAGUCAGCUAUCCAGAAGUCUGAGAAAACAUGUGGCGGAAGGCUGCGGUAGCUGCCCUGUUGGCCUUGGCCGUUGGAUACUUCUACCACACCAACCCUGAGCUGCCUGAACAAGUUCUCCAGUACUUGUCCCUGCCUCAUCCAUCCACUCAGGGCGACCCAACCUUGGAGCAGGUUAUCUCCACUGCCUGGGAGACCCUAAUAACUGCCCCCGCCAGUCAGUGGGGCAGAGUGGCAGUAGGGGUAAAUGCAUGUGUGGAUGUUGUGGUGUCGGGGAUAGGGCUGCUACAGGCUUUGGCUGUGGAUCCUGGGAUGGGCCGUGACCAUGAAGUGUUACACUCUAAAGAGGAACUGAAAGAGGCUUUCAUCCACUACAUGGAGAGGGGGUCCGCGGCGGAGCGUUUCUUCACCGACAAAGAGGUCUUCCAGAGGAUUGCACGGGCCGCUGCAGAGUACCCUGGUGCUCAGCUAUAUGUUGGAGGAAAUGCUGCUCUCAUUGGACAGAAACUUGCCACAUACCCUCAGCUGAUGGUUCUGCUAUGUGGGCCUGUUGGGCCUAAACUACACGAGAUGCUGGAUGAGCAAAUCGUUGUCCCCCCCGAGUCCUUGCAGGAGACUGAUGAAUAUCACCUAAUUCUGGAGUACAAAGCAGGGGAGCAGUGGGGUGCGACACGGGCUCCCCAAGCCAACCGCUUCAUCUUCUCCCAUGACGUGUCCAAUGGGGAGAUGAGAGCACUGGAGAUGUUCGUGGCCAGCCUGGAUGAGUUCCAGCCAGACCUGGUGGUCCUGUCCGGUCUGCACAUGAUGGAGGGCCAGGGGAGGCAGAUGUGGGAGCAAAGGCUCAAAGAGGCAGUGGCGGCCAUUUCUGACGUCCGCAACGCGGUCCCCGUCCACCUGGAGCUGGCAAGCAUGACUGACAAAGACUACAUGAACAGCAUCAUGCAAGAGCAGGUCAUGCCCAUAGUGACAUCCAUCGGGCUGAAUGAGCAGGAGCUACUUUUCCUCUCCCAGGCCGGCACAGGGCCUCACGCUGAGCUGGCCUCCUGGGGGGGCAUACCGGAUGUAGGCCGAGUCAGUGACAUCCUCCUGUGGGUCCUUGAGCAGCAUGGACGCAGUGACCCCGAGUCGGAGGCUGACCUCACGCGUAUCCACUUUCACACUCUGGCGUACCAUGUCCUUGCCACUGUGGACGGGCACUGGGCCAACCAGGUGGCCGCCGUGGCAGCAGGGGCCCGUGUGGCCAGCAUCCAGGCCUGCGGCCUCCAAAGCAUAGAUGCCAGUAAGGUGGUCCUUAGAGCUCCGCUGGAGUUCCACAGUUCCCAUGGCGAACCUAGAGAGAAGUUGUCCCUGAACCCAACUGAGCCUGUCACUGUUUGGCACCGUGGCAACGUGACCUUUCACCUUGCACCCGUGCUGGUCUGCAAGCAGCCAAUCCGGACAGUAGGGCUGGGGGACGCCAUCUCAGCAGAGGGGCUCGUAUACUCUGAGCUCAGGCCACAGCUGCCAUUUUUGUGAGGUCCUUUUUUGUUACACUCUUGUUCUUUUAUUGUAUGGUGGUGUGCACCAUAUCUCCCCAACCCCAACCAACCAGUGAUGUCUUUACCUGUACUGUAGCUUUUUCUUGGGUUGAAAUUCUGAUCCUUGGUUAGCUAAGUAUUUUGCACUGGGCACAGUUUAAGCCAUUUCUGUAACUCCAAUGAGUUGUGCUGGGUUACCUCUGAUUUCAUUUGCCUUGUGAAAAUUCAAUGUAAAUGUUUGUGUACAAAGACAAUGCCAAAGCUGCUUGUCAGUUCGGUUUGGAGGGGGGGGAAAUGGAAAAAUAUUCAGCGAUAUGGUCUCCAUAAGUAGCGGUGCGAUUUCAGACAGAGUUUGAGCUUUCAUGCUGCACAAUAGAGGAGCAAACUCCUGUGCACAUAUGCAGAUGCUGAACAGUGCCAAUGAGUUCAGCCUCUUGCAUCACACUCUUUUGGAAGUUUAUUUUCACAUCAUCUCGCUGAGUCUUAGUUCAAUUUCCUUCAAUAAUCUUUUCUUGUUGACCCUGUUCAGAACAAGCUCCCUCAUCCAAGCACUAUAGUUGGGGAAAGUGGGGUAAGUUGAGCCAAGUGGUUAGUUGAGCCACCCCUUGUUUCUAGGAAACUAUACAUUUUGUGUAUCA